AUGAUAUCGACACGUCUCUCAUCACGUUCAUAUCAAUCAAUUAUGAAUGAUGAAACUUCAGGCGAUGAUUUAGCAACAUUUAAUCAUAAUUCUUCAUCGUCAAUGCUAUAUCGCCGAUUCAACAUUCACUAUAUUAGUCAAGAAUAUGUUUUUCGAAAAGAAACGUCAUGUGCAAUGAUUAAAACUGAACCAAUCGAGCGAGAACAGUCGAUUUUAAAGAAUAGCGACAUUGAACACAGUAUCUCGACAGAAUCGUUGAAAAAUCUUAUGCCUAUGAUACCGAAAAACAUUGCGAUUAUUGAACUGAUUUCAUCAGAACAACGAUUUGUAUAUGAUAUGAAAAACAUUCUAAAAACUUAUAUAACACCCCUGUUAAACAAUAAUAUUUUACCCUCAUCUCAUAUCGAUGCUCUUUUUCUCAAUUGGCCGAGUUUAACACGCACUCAUGAAAAACUCGCAAAUGCCUUAAUUACAACUUUGAAAACUGAUGGUGAACAGAUCUCAAUUGGCAAAAUUCUAUGCGAGUUCAUACCAGAUUUGACGGCUGAAUAUGAAGUUUACUUUCGGUUUCAUCCAACCGCCAUGAAAUGUUUUCGUGAACAGCUUCGUCUUUGUUCCAAAUUUCGUACAUUUAUGCAGCAAACCAAAGAGCAAACGUAUGGCAUCGGUACGAUGGGUGAUGCAAAUAUACUAACAUUACCACUACAACGAAUAGCAAAGUAUCCCGUGUUGAUCAGUCAAAUAUUGAAAAAUGCCUCGAAUGAUAGUUGUGAAUUCAAAGAUUUGAACGAUUCGUUGAAGAAAGCGAAUGAGCUGCGUGAAACAAUAAAUAAUGCUAUUGACGAAGAAAUCAAUCGAGCAAAAUUUGAAUGGUUGCAAAAACAUGUCGACUGUUCGAAGAUCAAUGAAACCAUUAUAUUCAAUUCGUUGACACAUUUCGGUGAUCAGAGAAAAUUGAUUCAUUACAGUCUUAUACAUUUGUCAAAAUCAGCACAUGAGUUACUGUAUGCUAUGUUAUUUAAUGAUUUUCUUCUAUUAGCACGUCUGAAACGGCCGUUGUUUACAAAAGUUUUACAAGUGGUGAAUCGAACGAUGUUCAACCAUCGUCAAGAACAACGAGAUGUAUUCUUAAAAUUUUCAGUACAACAAUCGACUAUUGAUUGGUUCGAUUCACCGAAUGCUGAUCAUCUCUACUUGUUCGUAUAUAAAACUCCAAUUAUGUUACAUGAAAUUCGAAAUUUACGGUUGAUCGAAAACGAUUCAACUGGUUUUCAAUUUGACUAUCGUGGACGGCAAAUAACUCUCUUUGCCAGUACUACUAAUGAAAGAUUUUUAUGGACAAAGAGUAUUCAAGAUGCAAUUCACAUUUGUCGACAACGACGUGUGGUUACAUCGAUGUUUCGUGCACCAGAAUCAAAUUGGAAUUCUGACCAUUGUCGACCAAUUGGAAAAGUGUUCAUUCGAGAAAUCAAUGCAAUGUAUCUACCAUCAUCACCUGUGCACAAGAACGGUAAUAAUCCAUAUUGUAUCAUUGAAAUGAACAACAAUCAACGUCAAACAACGCCUAUUCUUUGUGAUACAUCGAAAGUACAAUGGCAGGUUGCAUUUCGAUUCUUUGUUUGUGAUAUUCACAAAGAGAAAAUUAAAUUUUCGAUUUAUAAUCGAUCGAAAUAUACAACUGAUCGUCUUCUCGGUUCUGUUGAUAUUCCCUUAACAUUGUUAACCGAACGACGAAAUCUUUCCGAAGAUUCUUUGUCGAUAUAUUCAUCAACGGCAAGUCAUUUCUCUGACAUGUCUUCAUUGAAUUGGAAAGUACGUCGAUUCUAUCUUCAACACUCUUCGAAUAAUUCUCAAAUAUCGAUAAAAUGUCUUCUUAAUUGGAAUGACUAA